AUGGCGUCCAACUGGAACGAACGCGCAUGGUGGCCAGAGCCGGAUGAAGCCGACGUUUCUCUUGCGAGAGAAAAUCUUGAACAAAUUCUGUAUGCCUAUCAGGAAAAUCCAGAUAAAGUCAAGGAGAGCUUGAAAUAUAAGGAUGAAGUUGUAAACCGUAAAGAGGAACUCGAUAAGGACAAAUUUCGAUCUCCACUUUACAAAUGUGGUAGUGGAGAAAUCAAACGCCGCAAACGCGGCCCGAACUCCGACGAAGAGGAUAACUAUAAAGAGUCUUUCGUUAUCAAAGUGUUUGAACGCAGCGUUGACUUUGGGCAGUUUGGGGAAAAUUCUCCACUUUACCCAAUGGCCCGGGCCUGGAUUAGAAAUCUAAACCAAAGUGAUACUUCGUCAUGGAAUGAUAUUCCAAACCAAGAUGAGGAGCGCGAGGGCAACGAUCAACUACCUGACUGUCAUUAUGCCUUGCCUAAACCCAGCGACGGCCUUUCUGACAAUGAAGUACGGGUUCCUCCGCCGCUCCCCUCACCUGGUCAGCCAUUUGUCAUCAACGUUGAGAACCCACCGAAGGAAAUGUCGCCCGAGGGUCUGCUGGAACAGCACAUAACUAGAUGGCGAGAAAUUCGAAGAAAGUAA